CGUUUGAUUAUGAAUUAAAUCUUGUUUAUCAAACACAAACCGAAAAUGAGUUUUAUUAAUGCCGAGUUAUUCACGACAGACUUCUUCAACGAUCUAAUUUAGUUUCAACAUCUGUUGAUUAUAUUUUUAAUUUUAUCUUGCAGCAUUAGAACAAGCUCUAACCUUUUUAAUUACAUUUAAUGAACGUACUUGAGAAGUAAUCUUAAUUAUAAAAUCCCAUAAUCGAUUCGACUUUACUACAACAUCUAAUUAUAUUUUUGUACAAUAUUUAACAAUUUUUAAAAAUGCUUCUCUUGUCGUUCGAUGUCACGGCAUAAAGAUGGCAUUCAUUUUAGUCGAUGAUUCACGUGUUAUCAAAAUGAAAUGGAGGAAAUAACUAGGUUUAUCGCCAGUGAUAUAAUAAAUAGAUUAUAAGUAAAACUAAAGACCAUAAAUUCUAGGAUCUACGACGACUAUGUCAUGCAGUAUGAUUUAUGAUGACAAGUUGCGUUGUUUUUAUUUGAAGGAAAAUGUAUUGAUUCUGUAAAACAAAAUAUAAAUUAUAUUGCGAAGUUAAAUGUUAAUUGUGUUUUAUAUACAAGUAAAAUAUAUGCAAUCCAUUUCUACGUCUCUCAAUUUUCAAAUUAUACUUCACUUACGUUCUUAUACUACGUAUUGUACAUAAUACUUGUAAAAACAUGGAUGAAUUAAGCCCACCUAAACGAAUAAAAACGUUCGAUUUACUGGAAAAGUUUAAGAAUAAUAGAAAAAAUACUGCUGAAUCUAUUAUGACAUUUAAUUUUAACAAAAAACGCGUUCGUUUAUUAAGCAAAUUAAAUGAUGUGAGAGAUGGUUGCAAAGGAAUUUUAUACUGGAUGUUUCGUGAUGUUAGAGUACAAGAUAAUUGGGCUCUGUUGUUCGCCCAGAGAACUGCUUUAAAGAAUAAACUACCUCUUCACAUCUGUUUCUGCAUAAUGCCAAACUUCUUAGGAGCUUCAAUGCGCCAUUAUAAAUUUCUGUUACAAGGCUUAAAGGAAAUUGAAGCAGAAUGUAAAACGCUCAAUAUAAACUUUCAUCUUUUACAUGGGGAGCCGAAUGUUAGCAUCAUUGAAUUUGUAAAAACAUACCAAAUGGGUGCUGUAAUUGCAGAUUUUUGCCCAUUGAAAUUACCUAUGUCAUGGAUCAAUGAUGUACAAAAUAAUCUUCCAGUUGAUGUACCUUUUUGUCAAGUAGAUGCACAUAAUAUUGUGCCUUGCUGGGAAGCUUCAGAAAAACAGGAAUUUGCAGCUAGAACAAUUAGAAAUAAAAUAAAUACAAGAUUGAAGGAAUUUUUAGUGGAAUUUCCACCUGCUAUAAGACACCCAUAUCUCACAAAGGGAAGAUUCAAAGAAAACAAUUGGGAAACAGCAUUAGAAAAUAUAGAAGUAGAUUCAGCAGUAGGUGAAAUCAAAUGGGCAAAACCAGGAUAUGAAAAUGGUAUUAAAGAACUGGAGAGUUUUAUACAAAAUCGUUUGAAAAGAUAUGCAACUGAACGUAAUGAUCCUUUAUCGAAUGCUACUAGCAAUUUGUCUCCUUGGUUUCACUUUGGCAUGAUAUCUGUGCAGCGUUGCAUUUUGGAAGUACAAGAAUAUAAAAAAUUAUAUUCGAAAUCAGUUGAAUCUUUUAUGGAAGAAGCUAUUGUUCGACGGGAACUUAGCGAUAAUUUUUGCUUCUAUAACGAGAAUUACGAUGUUGUAGAAGGCGCUUAUGCAUGGGCAAUAGAAACACUAAAUAAACAUCGGAAAGAUAAAAGAACGUAUGUAUAUACUUUGAAUGAGUUGGAAAAUUCUGAGACCCAUGAUGAUUUAUGGAAUGCAUGUCAAAAUCAAAUGAUAACAGUAGGAAAAAUGCAUGGAUUUUUGAGAAUGUACUGGGCAAAAAAGAUAUUAGAAUGGGCUGAGACACCUGAAAAUGCUUUAGAGUGGGCCAAUUAUUUGAAUAAUAAGUAUAGCAUAGAUGGUUGUGACCCUAAUGGCUAUGUAGGUUGUGCAUGGUCUAUAUGUGGUGUCCAUGAUCAUGGUUGGACAGAAAGGAGUAUAUUUGGAAAAAUAAGAUACAUGAACUAUGAGGGAUGUAAACGGAAAUUCAAAGUUAAAGAAUUCGUUGAUAAAUGGGAGAAGAAGGAAGCUGAUAACAACAUAUCAAAAUAAGAUAAUUAACAGUCAAAUAUUGGGAAAUAAGAUAUUAAUACAAAAAUAGAUUUAAAAGUAAUAUACAUAACAAUAGCAGAGUUAUAAGAAAAUUUCUCUUGCUAUCAAAAUAACUUCAGUAUUAUCUAAGAUUUUCAACAUUCUUCUAGUAUUUCAAUUUGUUAACAUUUAGUAUCAUUGCAUAGCAUUGACAAUGAAGGUGGAACUGCAUCUAAUGAUGUCAAUGAAAGUGCAGCUGCCUUUAGAGCUAAAGAAAGGCAAUCAGUCUCAAUCAUAUUUUUAUGAAUUCCACAAAUUAUUCCUGCUGUGAGACAAUCUCCACAACCGCUUACAUUGAAUGUUUCAUUCGAAUCAUCAGAAGUAUAGGAUAACGGUAGAUACAAACGUGAAGUAGUCGCGGUAUGCGAAAUCAGUUUGCCUUCUUUAUCGUAAAAGGGCUCGUUUCCCAGAGCUUUACGAACAACCUAGGAUAAAUGAAAUUACGCAUUAGUGAAAGUAUUAAGAAUAUUAAGUUUUUAUAAUUAACUUACCAAUACUCCUUGUGAACCCAGUGUACUUAUAACUACUGGGACAAAUUCAGCUACUUGUUCUGCAAUCGCUUUUACUUCUUCUAAGUCGAAACUUGACUCAACUGCAGGCACUGAUAUUCCAAAAUAUUUUCCAAUUGCUCUUAAUUCAUUCCUAUUUGGAGAUAUAAAGUGAAGAACAUUUUGCCACUGGGAGUUUGUUUCAAAUAUUUUUGUUGCUUUCUUCAGAUCCGUGGGCUCGUACCAAACUAAAAAAAUAAUUCAAUAUAUUUUUAAGUGUACCAUUACGAUCCAAGUACAUACGUUGUAUUGUAUUAUAUGAAAUAUGUGAUUGUUUCAAACGUCGUGAAAAAAUUUAUUCAAAUAAACCGCUAAAAAAAUU